CUCGAGACGGCCGCCGAGAAACGUGAGCUGCCGCUGCAGGAAAACAACUAGAAUACUGUUUCAACCGAGCCAAACCCGGGAGAAGGUGAGGCGACGCGGUGGAGAUAGCCGUGCGUCGGUGUUUGCCGGGCCGGUUAGGAUGGCUGACUAAACCGGGUUGUGGACUCCUUAAGGCGGGACUGAAGAGGAUGGGCCCUGUGUCUCAGCGUCUUAGGAGAUGUCUCUGGGUCGGCUCUUGCGACGCGCUUCAUCCAAGGCUUCCGACCUCCUGACCUUUAACCCCGGACUAGCAGGCUCUGCGUUACGCUCCAGUCUGGAUGGCGAGAUCAUCUUCUCCAAGAAUAACGUGUGCGUCCAUCCAGCUGAGCCCCUGCCGGGUCUGGCCGAGCACCACCCAGGUUACCUUUGUGUACACACCGAGAAGGAUGAGAGCCUGGGAACCACUCUGAUCCUAACCUGGGUGCCCAACUCCCGAAUCCAGAGGCAGGAUGAGGAAGCUCUGCGCUACAUAACACCGGAGAGUUCGCCUGUACGCAGGAAUGCAAGGCGCCGCGGCCAAAGACCCCGCUCCCGCCCACCGGUGGCACAGGAGGAAGAAGAGGAUGAGGAGAGGAACAACGGCGACAGCAACUCGACUGACAGCCACGGUCUGAUUCUGGACGUUGGAUCCGAUGCAGCCUCGCAGCCGUCGCAGUCCUCCGCCGGAGACGAGGGGGACGAAGGCUCCUGCGAGCUGUCCGACGAAGUGAGCCGGGACAGCACCAUGGGGUCGGACUCGGACACCUUCUCUUCGCCCUUUUGCUUGUCCCCGGUCAGCGAGGCGCUAUGUGAAAGUAGUGGCUCCGUCUUCCUGGACAACGAGAGUCGGGACCUGUGUGAGGAAUCGCUGACACACUCAGUGAGCUCGUCCUCCAGUCUGGACAGCCACGCUCCAUCAGAGUCCAGCAGCCAGUCUCUGGGGGUGCGAUGGGAGGAGCAGCAGAAGGUUCUGGCCCUGGAACAGUUGUGCGGAGUUUUCCGGGUAGACCUGGGUCACAUGAGAUCGCUACGGCUGUUUUUCAGUGACGAAGCGUGCACCAGUGGUCAGUUGGUGAUCGCCAGCAGAGAGAGCCAGUAUAAAAUCCUGCACUUCCAUCACGCUGGCCUGGACAAGCUGGCGGAGGUCUUCCAAAAGUGGAAGUGCUGCAGAGAAACUCACCUGAAGGAUCAGGUGUCGGAUGAGAAGUCUUGCAUGCAGUUUUCCAUCCAGAGGUCCUCACUGCCGUCGGCUGAAACCCACCCAGAGGAGAGGCUCUACCGGCGGCUGGACGUCGCCACCUGGUUACGUCAUCUCAACCACAACGGACAGGUGGAGGAGGAGUACAAGCUGCGAAAGGCCAUCUUUUUUGGCGGUAUCGACCCAUCCAUCCGUGGAGAGGUGUGGCCCUUCCUGCUGCACUACUACAGCUAUGACUCCACGUCCCAGGAGAGAGAGGCCUGGAGAUUACAAAAGCGCACUGACUACCGGGACAUUCAGGAGCGCAGGUUGUCCAUGAGCCCAGAGGAGCAGAGUGAGUUCUGGAGGAAGGUCCAGUUCACCGUCGAUAAGGACGUGGUGCGAACGGACCGCAGCAACAACUUCUUCAGAGGAGAGAACAAUCCCAACGUGGAGAUCAUGAGGCGAAUUCUACUCAACUAUGCAGUGUUUAAUCCAGACAUGGGGUAUUGCCAAGGCAUGUCGGACCUGGUGGCCCCUCUGCUCAGCGAGAUCCAGGAUGAAAGCGACACCUUCUGGUGCUUCGUGGGCCUGAUGGAGAACACCAUCUUCAUCAGCUCCCCACGCGACGAAGACAUGGAGAGGCAGCUGAUGUACCUGCGAGAGUUGCUGCGGCUCAUGCUGCCGCACUUCCACCAGCACCUGACUCGGCUCGGCGAGGACGGGCUCCAGCUGCUCUUCUGCCACCGCUGGAUCCUGCUGUGUUUCAAACGCGAGUUCCCGGACACAGAAGCUCUGCGCAUGUGGGAGGCAUGCUGGGCUCACUACCAGACGGACUAUUUCCACCUCUUCCUGUGUGUGUCCAUCAUCGUCCUGUACGGGGAGGACGUGACGGACCAGCAGCUCGCCACCGACCAAAUGCUGCUUCACUUCAGCAACCUCUCUAUGCACAUGAACGGGGAGCUGGUGCUCCGCAAGGCACGCAGCCUCCUCUACCAGUUCCGCCUGCUGCCCAGGAUCCCCUGCAGCUUACAUGACCUCUGUAAACUCUGCGGUCCCGGGAUGUGGGACAGCCGCUACAUCCCCACCGUAGAGUGUUCAGGAGAGCACACAGACUCGGAGAGCUGCCCCUAUGGAGGCACCUCCACCCCUCUGCCCUCAUCCCCCUCACCGUCCCCCUCACCCAACCUGACCCCCACGCCUCCCCUGGAGGGGAAGAAAGGCUCCAAAACUCGGGAUAUUUUCACUUUCCGUAAGCAAUGAAAAGUCAAUCUGAGCGUCUUAAUCUGAGCAAAGUAAAUUCUAAAAAUGAGUGUGGCAAAGGCGCUCUCCAGUCAAUUAUUCCUCCCUUUUGUUUUCUCUCCUUUAAGAUGGAAAACAAGUCUGAAAAUUAUGCAAAUAUCCCGAAUCUGUUUGUUCACCUCUUCAAUUACAUGUUGAAUGAAUGAAUAACAAGCGCCUCAGCGACGAUUACGACCUCUCCGGCUUCUCUCCAUCGCGAUGCUCUGGAUCCAGGAGUUUCUUCUUAUGCUGCAAUUCAGAACACUGCCUCGACUGAAUGUGAUCAAUCAUAAACUGCCAGUGUUGCUGACUGGGGUUCAGUGAAUCACCAAUCAAUCACCAGCCUGUGAGGGGCUCAGGCAACGUGGGCUGGGCUUGUAGGCUGCGGUCACGGCAGGGUCCGAAGCGAGUCGCCUGGUGCAAUCUUUUUGACUUCUCCCAUCAAAUGGAGGCUUCUUCGUGCGAGUAAGUGAAGGGGUGGAAAAUAUCUGACACACACCUGUCAAUCAAAUCUGGAGCACACCAUCUAUCCGCAGGUUGUUUUCAAGAUAGCAGUCGUCACUGUUGGACCACAGUGUUCCAGGUCGCUGCCCCACCUCCAGUCUCUCAUGUUGGUGAGGCAAAAGUGACAUGUUUAAUUGUCCCUUUCUCAUUUUAUAAUUUAGAAGGUGAUGCGUUCAAUGACCUCUUCAUUCCAAACUUGUGUUUAACACUCAUCAAUGUAAGAUGAAACUGGACAGUUUCCCAGCGACUUGGACCAGCUGCGGGAGCAAGCACUGACGAUUGCUGUUACGCUUUUUCAACUCAGGAAAGUGGUUGAAAUAUAAGUCCACAAACUCCAGUCAGCCAGAACAUUAUGACCACCUGUCUGUAUGUGUGUAGGCUGCACUUUAGCUGCUCUUGUUGCCGACAAUAAAGGACCUGAAACAGCAGCUGCGGUCAUGGUCCCACUCAGCACUGGUAACUCCAACGAACAAUCACAGCUGCAUUUCAUUUAUGAGCAGGUAAAUGUAUCAUCAAUGUUAGCAAUACUAUAACCUUGCAUGGAAGAUGGGUCACUGAUUCCGUUUACAUGAAGUCUGGACGCAUUUAUUCACACGACUGAAACCAUAUUUUCCAACAGCAAUAGAUGAUUUUACAAAUAAAAGAACCCUGGGAUUAAAAUGAUUUAUCAGCGUUGCAUUGUUUAAUAAGUCACACUUACUUGAAGUGGCUACAUGAACAUGGGGGCAAUAACUGGAUGGUCACUUCAGUUGUCUUGGUGUCACUUAACAAAGCCACAUUGUGUAAUAAAAUGUGAAAUAUUUAACCACUUUGCCGUCUUUGUUUAUUAAAUUGUCUAU